CUCAAGUUUGAAAACGGCUGGGAUUAAAAUAGAAGAGAUGUCUAAUUUACUCGAGGAGAAAGCCACGAAGUUGGAUAGGGCCGAGGUCAAAAACGACGAGAUUUCCAACUUGCUCGACGAGAAGACCACCAGUUUGAAAUCGGCCGAGGUCAAAAUAGACGAGAUUUCCAACUUGCUCGAGGAGAAAGCCACGAAGUUGGAAAGGGCAGAGGUCAAAAUAGAUGAGAUUUCCAACGUGCUCGACGAGAAGACCACCAGUUUGAAAUCGGCCGAGGUCAAAAUAGACGAGAUUUCCAACUUGCUCGACGAGAAGACCUCAAGUUUGAAAACGGCUGGGAUUAAAAUAGAAGAGAUGUCUAAUUUCCUCGAGGAGAAAGCCACGAAGUUGGAAAGGGCAGAGGUCAAAAUAGACGAGAUUUCCAACUUGCUCGACGAGAAGACCACCAGUUUGAAAUCGGCCGAGGUGAAAAUAGACGAGAUUUCCAACUUGCUCGAGGAGAAAGCCACGAAGUUGGAAAGGGCAGAGGUCAAAAUAGACGAGAUUUCCAACUUGCUCGACGAGAAGACCUCAAGUUUGAAAUCGGCCAAGGUCAAAAUAAACGAGAUUUCCAACUUGCUCGAGCAGAAAACCACCAGUUUGAAAUCGGCCGAGGUCAAAAUAGACGAGAUUUCCAACUUGCUCGACGAGAAGACCUCAAGUUUGAAAACGGCUGGGAUUAAAAUAGAAGAGAUGUCUAAUUUCCUCGAGGAGAAAGCCACGAAGUUGGAAAGGGCAGAGGUCAAAAUAGACGAGAUUUCCAACUUGCUCGACGAGAAGACCUCAAGUUUGAAAACGGCUGGGAUUAAAAUAGAAGAGAUGUCUAAUUUCCUCGAGGAGAAAGCCACGAAGUUGGAAAGGGCAGAGGUCAAAAUAGACGAGAUUUCCAACUUGCUCGACGAGAAGACCUCAAGUUUGAAAACGGCCGAGGUCAAAAUAGACGAGAUUUCCAACUUGCUCGACGAGAAGACCUCAAGUUUGAAAACGGCCGAGUUCAAAAUAAACGAGAUUUCCAACUUGCUCGACGAGAAGACCUCAAGUUUGAAAACGGCCGAGGUCAAAAUAGAAGAGAUUUCCAACUUGCUCGACGAGAAGACCUCAAGUUUGAAAUCGGCCGAGGUGAAAAUAGACGAGAUUUCCAACUUGCUCGACGAGAAGACCUCAAGUUUGAAAACGGCUGGGAUUAAAAUAGAAGAGAUGUCUAAUUUACUCGAGGAGAAAGCCACGAAGUUGGAAAGGGCACAGGUCAAAAACGACGAGAUUUCCAACUUGCUCGACGAGAAGACCACCAGUUUGAAAUCGGCCGAGGUCAAAAUAGACGAGAUUUCCAACUUGCUCGAGCAGAAAACCACCAGUUUGAAAUCGGCCGAGGUCAAAAUAGACGAGAUUUCCAACUUGCUCGACGAGAAGACCUCAAGUUUGAAAACGGCCGAGGUCAAAAUAGACGAGAUUUUCAACUUGCUCGAGGAGAAAGCCACGAAGUUGGAAAGGGCAGAGGUCAAAAUAGACGAGAUUUCCAACUUGCUCGACGAGAAGACCUCAAGUUUGAAAUCGGCCAAGGUCAAAAUAAACGAGAUUUCCAACUUGCUCGAGCAGAAAACCACCAGUUUGAAAUCGGCCGAGGUCAAAAUAGACGAGAUUUCCAACUUGCUCGACGAGAAGACCUCAAGUUUGAAAACGGCCGAGGUCAAAAUAAACGAGAUUUCCAACUUGCUCGAGCAGAAAACCACCAGUUUGAAAUCGGCCGAGGUCAAAAUAGACGAGAUUUCCAACUUGCUCGACGAGAAGACCUCAAGUUUGAAAUCGGCCAAGGUCAAAAUAAACGAGAUUUCCAACUUGCUCGAGCAGAAAACCACCAGUUUGAAAUCGGCAGAGGUCAAAAUAGACGAGAUUUCCAACGUGCUCGACGAGAAGACCACCAGUUUGAAAUCGGCCGAGGUGAAAAUAGACGAGAUUUUCAACUUGCUCGAGGAGAAAGCCACGAAGUUGGAAAGGGCAGAGGUCAAAAUAGACGAGAUUUCCAACUUGCUCGACGAGAAGACCUCAAGUUUGAAAUCGGCCGAGGUCAAAAUAGACGAGAUUUCCAACUUGCUCGACGAGAAGACCUCAAGUUUGAAAUCGGCCGAGUUCAAAAUAAACGAGAUUUCCAACUUGCUCGACGAGAAGACCACCAGUUUGAAAUCGGCCGAGGUGAAAAUAGACGAGAUUUCCAACUUGCUCGACGAGAAGACCUCAAGUUUGAAAACGGCUGGGAUUAAAAUAGAAGAGAUGUCUAAUUUACUCGAGGAGAUAGCCACGAAGUUGGAAAGGGCACAGGUCAAAAUAGACGAGAUUUCCAACGUGCUCGACGAGAAGACCACCAGUUUGAAAUCGGCCGAGGUCAAAAUAGACGGGAUUUCCAACUUGCUCGACGAGAAGACCUCAAGUUUGAAAACGGCUGGGAUUAAAAUAGAAGAGAUGUCUAAUUUACUCGAGGAGAAAGCCACGAAGUUGGAUAGGGCCGAGGUCAAAAACGACGAGAUUUCCAACUUGCUCGACGAGAAGACCACCAGUUUGAAAUCGGCCGAGGUCAAAAUAGACGAGAUUUCCAACUUGCUCGACGAGAAGACCUCAAGUUUGAAAACGGCUGGGAUUAAAAUAGAAGAGAUGUCUAAUUUCCUCGAGGAGAAAGCCACGAAGUUGGAAAGGGCAGAGGUCAAAAUAGACGAGAUUUCCAACUUGCUCGACGAGAAGACCUCAAGUUUGAAAACGGCCGAGGUCAAAAUAGACGAGAUUUCCAACUUGCUCGACGAGAAGACCUCAAGUUUGAAAACGGCCGAGUUCAAAAUAAACGAGAUUUCCAACUUGCUCGACGAGAAGACCUCAAGUUUGAAAACGGCUGAGGUCAAAAUAGAAGAGAUUUCCAACUUGCUCGACGAGAAGACCUCAAGUUUGAAAUCGGCCGAGGUGAAAAUAGACGAGAUUUCCAACUUGCUCGACGAGAAGACCUCAAGUUUGAAAACGGCUGGGAUUAAAAUAGAAGAGAUGUCUAAUUUACUCGAGGAGAAAGCCACGAAGUUGGAAAGGGCACAGGUCAAAAACGACGAGAUUUCCAACUUGCUCGACGAGAAGACCACCAGUUUGAAAUCGGCCGAGGUGAAAAUAGACGAGAUUUCCAACUUGCUCGAGCAGAAAACCACCAGUUUGAAAUCGGCCGAGGUCAAAAUAGACGAGAUUUCCAACUUGCUCGACGAGAAGACCUCAAGUUUGAAAACGGCCGAGGUCAAAAUAGACGAGAUUUUCAACUUGCUCGAGGAGAAAGCCACGAAGUUGGAAAGGGCAGAGGUCAAAAUAGACGAGAUUUCCAACUUGCUCGACGAGAAGACCUCAAGUUUGAAAUCGGCCAAGGUCAAAAUAAACGAGAUUUCCAACUUGCUCGAGCAGAAAACCAUCAGUUUGAAAUCGGCCGAGGUCAAAAUAGACGAGAUUUCCAACUUGCUCGACGAGAAGACCUCAAGUUUGAAAACGGCCGAGGUCAAAAUAGACGAGAUUUUCAACUUGCUCGAGGAGAAAGCCACGAAGUUGGAAAGGGCAGAGGUCAAAAUAGACGAGAUUUCCAACUUGCUCGACGAGAAGACCUCAAGUUUGAAAUCGGCCGAGGUCAAAAUAGACGAGAUUUCCAACUUGCUCGACGAGAAGACCUCAAGUUUGAAAUCGGCCGAGUUCAAAAUAAACGAGAUUUCCAACUUGCUCGACGAGAAGACCACCAGUUUGAAAUCGGCCGAGGUGAAAAUAGACGAGAUUUCCAACUUGCUCGACGAGAAGACCUCAAGUUUGAAAACGGCUGGGAUUAAAAUAGAAGAGAUGUCUAAUUUACUCGAGGAGAUAGCCACGAAGUUGGAAAGGGCACAGGUCAAAAUAGACGAGAUUUCCAACGUGCUCGACGAGAAGACCACCAGUUUGAAAUCGGCCGAGGUCAAAAUAGACGGGAUUUCCAACUUGCUCGACGAGAAGACCUCAAGUUUGAAAACGGCUGGGAUUAAAAUAGAAGAGAUGUCUAAUUUACUCGAGGAGAAAGCCACGAAGUUGGAUAGGGCCGAGGUCAAAAACGACGAGAUUUCCAACUUGCUCGACGAGAAGACCACCAGUUUGAAAUCGGCCGAGGUCAAAAUAGACGAGAUUUCCAACUUGCUCGACGAGAAGACCUCAAGUUUGAAAACGGCUGGGAUUAAAAUAGAAGAGAUGUCUAAUUUCCUCGAGGAGAAAGCCACGAAGUUGGAAAGGGCAGAGGUCAAAAUAGACGAGAUUUCCAACUUGCUCGACGAGAAGACCUCAAGUUUGAAAACGGCUGGGAUUAAAAUAGAAGAGAUGUCUAAUUUACUCGAGGAGAAAGCCACGAAGUUGGAAAGGGCAGAUGUUAAAUUGGUGGAGUUGACCAAAUUGCUGGGGGAUAUGGAUGAGAAUAUUAUUAAAACUCGAAACGAGGUGAAGAGCUCAUACUCGAAGAAGUUUGAAGAUUUAAAAAAACACAUGACGGAUUUAACCAGCAGGGAAUUGGAGAAAAUGGAAUUAAAACUAGCUGAGAAGCAAAGGGAGAUUGAAUUGUUGAGAGAAAAUGCGAUCCAGUCUGAGAAUAACGUGGAAAUGAUCGAGACGCUUAAAAGAGAAAGAGCCUUGUUACGAAGUGCUAAUCUAGAACUGACCAACAAAAUUUACAAUUUGGAGCAACGGAUACGUCAACUUAAAAACGAAUUGGAUGCUGAAAGGUCCGAAAUGAACAUAUUGAAGGCUAAACUACAAUCAAACAAGGCUCGCAACCAUAGCCAAAUGGAUUCCCAUCACGGUUAUGUAAACCCUUCUUUCGAGUCUGAGCGUGACAGAGAUUCCUCCUUCACAUCGUUGCCACCCAUUAAUUUCAAGUCAGAAUUUCCUUCUAUACCACAUCAACCGUCGUCAGCGGAUCGUCGCCUGUCUUCCGUGUCAAUGAUGUCUGUGCGGUCAAACGGUUCUACUAAUUCCGCUCGAGCUAAAGCUGUUCCUGACGGUGCUGGAAAAUAUUUCUCAUGUGCUGAUGAAGAAGACAUGGAAUUUGUCAUGAUGGAUAAGAAACCUUUCGAUUUUCAUAUUCGCGACAACACUUUCUCCUCUAUUUCAUCACAUCGAUCAAGCGACGUUAAUUCUAUAUAUGGGAACGAAGACGGGUUGGACCGUAUGCGCGAAAUCCAACGGAGAAACACAAUGAUGCCGAUGCACAUGAGGAGCUGUUAUCCUAACGAAGAAUUUAGAGACGCAUCCCCAGUAGACGAAAAUAUUUUACGAGCUUUACCUGGACUCCGACCUAAUGGUCGUGGUAAGGGUAGUCAAAAUAUGCCAAAGUCAGUUAGUGGACCCAGCGUUGUAACUAACAAAGGAUUUGAUGCGUUCACAAUUCCGUUGGACCCACCAAAAAAGUCUGUUAGUGGAACUGUAUUAGGUGGCAGAAUUGCAAGAGCAGGACUAGAUUCACGCACACCACUCUCCCCAAACUCGAGUUACGUUAAUAGAAAUGCAUCCCAAAUUUCAACUACCACUCCAUCCUCCUCUGACGACCCUUUUCGUCAACCGGGUCCCUCCUUUGAUGAGAGAAUGAAUCGGAAACAAAAGUCAGAUUCGGCACUGACAAUGACACCAAAGAAGCGUUUCGGACUGAAAUUCUUUCGAUAGCCGAAUGAAAUCAAUCGCAUCCUGCCACUCCUGCCUACCUUGCUCGAUAAAGUUUGCUUGAAGAUUGUGAAAAUUACUUGAACAUAAUUAUUAUUUAUUUCUAUAAUUAUUUUAUCACUUUAAAAGUCGGUCUUGUGUCCACGUGUUGUUAAAUAUGUGUAAAAUUAUAUGUAAGUUCAGUAUUAAUAAUUAAUUAUAAUUACGACUCAAACUAUUAUCUAUACCAAAAGAUUAUAUAAAGAAAUACGGGAAUUUUUAUACCUAUAUGUAUUUUUAAAAAGUCAUUAUUACCAUUUUACUAAGAUUUGUGUACUAUGCCAAAUGAAUCACGUUUUCCACAACCCGUCUAAAUGCCGAUAGUACAACCAGUAAUAACAAAUAUUACAGAAUAUUUUGAACUUUGUAACAAUUUUAAUGUGCUAACCAAUAGAAAAGAUUUGUAUAUUACUGAUGUCGAAAAUAAUGAGGGUAUUCACGCACCCUUGGUAACUACGUA